AGUUGUCAACUUCCCAGAACCCGCGUAAAAUAACAGUCAAAACAACCCCCACUUUUUUUUUUCUUCCAAAUCCAAAAACUCCAUUUUUUGCCAAUCCUUUCAAUUCUGUAAUCUUUACAAGAAAAGCCAUGUACCGUUCAUCAAGUACCACACGAGUAUCUGACGAGUUCUUUUCUCCAAAUCUCAAAUCAACAAUUACAUCUACUGAAACUGAAGAACUUCCAACUUUCAACCCUCAUUCGCACGUUGCUAAAAAAGAAAGAAAUCGACUCAGAUCUGCUGAAAAUUCCAUUCAUCUCAUCCCUUUAAUUCUGCUGCUUUCUGCUUUCAUUUUGUGGGUUUUCUCUAGCCCUGCAGUUACUAUGGUGAAUAAAGCUGAUUCAAUUGUUGCCAGAGUCAACACUUCUGUAACUCAAGCUGAAAUCAACAGAAGCAGUUUCACGUCAAAGCUGGAAGAGGAGGACAUCGAUCCAACUGAUAAGUCGAUAGGUCAAGAAAAUAAUGAAGCUGAAGGAUGACAAGAAUGAAGUUCCUUCACUCAUCUAGAAUAGACAUCAUCGAUCGUGGUUCUUAUGUUAAAUUAGUGAACUGUAUACAACAUAUAUAUAUAGGUGACAUCCCGCUGGCAUUUUGGAAAAAAAUUAACAAUUGUCCCAAAGUGUAGCGAUAAAAGAAAGUGUUAUAGUGAAUGGUUUCCCCCUUUUGUAAUGCUGAAGUAUAUUCUGAUUUCUGAUACAGAAGCAUAAGUACAGCUAUUAGCAUGUUUCUUGAUAUGAAGAAUGAAUUACAAAACAGGAUUUUACUUUAA